AUGGAAAAACUCUACAGUGAAAAUGAAGGAAUGCCUUCAAACCAAGGAAAGAUGGAAAAUGAAGAACAGCCACAACAUGAGGGAAAACCAGAAAGUCUGGAAAAUAAGAAUUUAGAAAAUGAAGGAAAGAUAGAAAACAAGGGAAAGACAGAAGAUGAGGAACUAAAGAAUAAAGAAAAGCCAGAAAAUGAGGGAAAGACAGAAGAAGAAGGAAAGCCAGAGGGCAAGGCAAAGUCAGAGAGCGAGGGCAAGUCAGAGAGCGAGGGAAAGUCAGAGAGUGAAGGAAAGCCAGAAAGGGAGGGAAAGCUAGAGAAGGAGGAAAAUCCAGAGAGCAAGGGACAGCUGGAGUGGGAGGGAGAGCCAGACAGUGACGGAGAGCCAGACAGUGAGGAAGAGCUAGAGAGUGGAACAAGGGCUGCAGGAAAGCGCCCAGCUGAGGAUGAUAUACCCAGGAAAGCCAAAAGAAAAACCAACAAGGGGCUGGCUCAGUACCUCAAGCAAUAUAAAGAGGCCAUCCAUGAUAUGAAUUUCAGCAAUGAGGACAUGAUAAGAGAAUUUGACAAUAUGGCUAGGGUGGAGGAGAAAAGGAGAAAAAGCAAACAGAAGUUAGGGGCGUUUUUAUGGAUGCAAAGAAAUUUACAGGACCCCUUCUACCCAAGGGGCCCAAGGGAAUUCAGGGGUGGCUGCAGGGCCCCACGAAGGGACACUGAAGACAUUCCUUAUGUGUAG